AUGGGCAUCAAGACUGCGUAUGAAGGAUUCAGUAUCUAUGGCCGCAUUUUGUGUUUGAUUGUCAAGCGCAAAGGAGUCAAGAAGAACACUUCGGGGAAUACUGCUGGAAGUGCGAUGCUUGAGAAUUGGGUUUCAACGCAAGCAGACAAUGAAGGUGUGCUUGAUGAUGCUGAGGAUGGAUGA